UGUCUGAGAACCAUCAGCUAUCCCUUUUCCUUCUAUCCUUUCUGUUCUGUUUUGUUUUUUAAGGCAGAAAAGGUGUUGGGGUAGAUAACUGGGAAGCUGUCUUUCACCCAAGGAUCAGUUGGGUUUCUUACUCUGCAAGUGUCACAGCUCAUAGACGGGAGGAAUGGCAGCUGCUGGGGCCCAGCUCCUCUUCCUUCAGCUUGUUCUAGGGCCAACUCUGGUCGCCGACAUCAAGCUGCAGCCUCAGGCCCAAGACUUCCGCAAGUUACACAUCGACUACCCCAGGGUUAGUUUUGCAGAGGGUUUCCAGGGCUACUGUAACGGAUUUAUGGCCUACGUGAGGGGCAGAAGGCAAGACUGGUUUUGCCCCAAGAUCCACUAUGUGCUGCAUGCCUCCUGGAAAGACAUCCAGAAAUAUUGCAAUUAUACUGACUACUACUGUGACGUCUAUAAUGAGUACUGCACGCUCACUCAGACCUCCUUUCCUCUCACGACCUGCACCCUGGCACCUGAGCAGCCAUCCACCAGCUGCUUCUACCAAACCAACUUUACCAAACAAAGGCUCUAUCUGCUCUGCUCCCGCAGGUAUAAAGGUGACCCCAUAGGUAUCAUCAGCCUCUAUUAGGGAAUUUAAUUUCCAAAUGAUCCCUUCCUUGUUCCUAUUUCUGAAACUCAGAUUCCUGCAAUAAGCCUUUAUCCCUAGCUUUCAAGGCAGGCAAGGCCCAGAGAUCAGGAAGGUAGGAAAAUGCUCAGGGCUUUGAUCACUGUGCAAAGCUGUGCUGUCUUCUGUGUCCUUUCCAAUUUGUUUACCAGCUCCUUACCACCACCCCCACAGUCCUUCUCCCAGCGACAGAAAAACCCACCCAAGAAGCUGGCUCUGUCCACUUGGCAGUGCCUGUCCCUGAGCUGGGCCAGAUCCUGACUCCUGGAUGGAGGCCCAGGCCUCUCGCUCACACCAUAGCAACAGGCUUCCAGCUCUAGUACCACCCCCGUGCUUCUUGUCUCUGUCUUCCCCUCUUCUAACUCUCUCCACUCCCAAACCCACACAGCAGUGUCUGUAGCUGCAGGAACCUCCCUGAGAGCCUCAGACCCACUUUAGUCUCAGCUCUCCACAGUCCCCUUGGUCUCCAGCCUGCUUCUCUCUGUGAGAUCCUAGAUUCCCUUACGUGUCUCCUGUCACCCCCACCUCCCACCCUGGAGCCGGGUGCUCUCUGGCCCACACUGCCACUGCUUGGGCACCCCGCCUCUUUCUCCAGUCCUUUCCUUUAGGCUUUCUCACCUGGGCCAACUGGAAUUUCAAGUUAUCUUCUCUCUCCUAUUCUGCCAAGGUUCCUGCAUCUCUUUUCUUCCAGGAGUUCCUCCAGAGAUUGUCAGUCUCCAAGGUCUGCCACUGACAAAGCAGUGGCUGAGGCAGCCUAGCUGCAGGUGUGUAAGCUGUGUUGGUGGUGCUGGAUCAAACCUGUGGCGUCACAUAGGCUGCACAAGCACUCCACACUGAGCUGUUUCCCCAUCCCCCAUGCACAGGAAGUUUAAAAACCAUAUCUAAGUUAAGAUAGAGCU